ACUACACUUACACCGUAUCAAUUGUAAUCUCCACAGCUAGCUCACGCACGAUUCCCACACUAGCUAUAGGCAGCUAGGCUACUGUAUAUAGCCAGUCACCACCAAAGUGUGAAGUGUGUGUGCGUGUAGUGCAAGCUACCUGUAAUAUAUAUACGCUUGAGGCGUCACCUCACCUAGCUAGCUAGCGGCUGCUUCAAAGCUCUAUAUGAGCUUGGUUGUUGCGGCGCCAAUGGCGAUCGUCGAGUUGGCCAACGCCCAGCUGCAGCAGCAAGCCGCAGCGGCGGCCAAGAAAGACGGCGGCGGCCACGAGCUGGAAGAUGGGGCGGCGGACGCGGACACGAGCACGACGAUGGGUAUGAGCUGCAAGCGGAGCGAGCAGCAGCAGCAGCUGGUGGAGUCGUCCUCGUCCUACGACUACGACUACGGCGCCCUGAUGAAAGGCGUGAGGCACCUCUCGGACAGCGGCAUUACCAGGCUGCCCGACAGGUACGUCCUGCCCGUGUCCGACCGCCCCGGCGUCGGCCUGAUUGCCGCCUCGUCCACCGCGGCGGCGGCGGGCGGCGUCGGCAGGGUCAAGCUCCCCGUCGUCGACCUCGCCGGCCUCCGCGACCCCUCCCAGCGCGCCGCCGUGCUGGCGACGCUCGAUGACGCGUGCCGGGAGUACGGAUUCUUUCAGGUAUGUAUUAAUUAUACACACAAGUCACGAGCCACGACGACACGGACAUCACGACUUCACGGGGGUGUCUCUAGUAGUAGUACUAGUACGUGUGCAUGCGUGCGCGUGUCAGCCGGAUCUCGUUUGCUAUUGACCAUGGCCACCACACCAGCUGAAUUGAUGCGCCGUGCUCCUGGUCCUGGUGCGCAGGUGGUCAACCACGGGGUCGGGAGCGACGUGAGCGGCGGGAUGCUGGACGUGGCGCGGCGCUUCUUCGAGCUGCCGCUGGCGGAGCGGGCGCGGCACAUGUCGGCGGACGUGCGGGCGCCGGUGCGCUACGGCACCAGCUUCAACCAGGCCAAGGACGCCGUGCUCUGCUGGCGCGACUUCCUGAAGCUCGUCUGCCAGCCGCUGCGGGAGGUGGUCCCGCGCUGGCCGCAGCAGCCGGCGGACCUGAGGGACGUGGCCACCGGGUACGCCGCGGCGAGCCACGCGCUGUUCAUGGAGGUCAUGGAGGCGGCGCUGGAGGCCCUGGGCAUCCCCGCCCCCGCGGCCGGCGGCGGCGUGCUCGGGGAGCUGGCGGCCUUGGCGUCGCACAUGAUGACGGUGAACUGCUACCCGGCGUGCCCGCAGCCGGAGCUCACGCUGGGGAUGCCGCCGCACUCGGACUACGGCCUCCUCACGUUCGUCCUGCAGGACCACGUCGAGGGGCUCCAGGUCUUGCACGCCGGCCGCUGGCUCACCGUCGACCCCGUCCCGGGAUCGUUCGUCGUCAAUGUCGGCGACCACCUAGAGAUCUACAGCAACGGGCGGUACAAGAGCGUGCUGCACCGGGUGCGCGUGAACUCGACGCGGCCGCGCAUCUCGGUGGCGUCGUUCCACAGCCUGCCGGCGGAGCGGGCGAUCGGGCCGGCGCCGGAGCUGGUGGACGACGAGGCCGGCAACCCGCGGCGCUACAUGGACACCGACUUCGCCACCUUCCUCGCCUACCUCGCGUCCGCCGACGGCAAGAACAAAACCUUCCUGCAGUCAAGGAAGCUGCCGCUGCAUACGUCUAGCUAAUAAUAGCUAGCUGGUCGGCCAGCAUAUAGGCAGGCAGGCAGCUACCUGGCUACUAGUUCGUUCGUUGCUUGAUGAUCUGAUGCAUGUCGGGAUAAAAUUAAUCAGUUCAAAGCAUAGAGCACAGCGCAUGCACAAGCCUGGACUUGUUUAAUUAGUUCUGCCCUUGAAUACAAGCUUAAGCAUAUUGUUGACCGGUCUUCCAUCGGUUGCACUGUUGUACUCCCUAUGAUGUAUUCCAGCGUGCGUUAAAGUUUCAUAAUUGUUGUUCUCAGCUAGAUAAUAUAUAUAUACCCUUUCCAAUAAAAUUAUAUAUGAAACGAUUUGAGAUCGAGUAUA